CAGCGCGAAUAUCGAUUCAGUCUCGCACAAACCACCCCCAUGUACCGUGCCCGUUGCAGCAGCUCCACCUUCUAACUUUGUUUUUCGCUCGGUAUCAUGACUGGUACAUAAACAGAAAAGGAAAGAAAGAGAAGCACCGCAGUGAAAAGGCCGUGUGCAUAGUGCACAUCGUGCUCUACGAACGGGAAACGGAUAUAGUGGCGCGUUCAAUUAUUUCGACAACUAUUGUGGGGAUGUAUUAGACGCGAAUAAACCAAAUCAUCGUCGAUAGAAAUGUCUGUGCCGAUGAUGCUUAUCGAUUCGACAGCUAGUGUUGAAGAGGCAUUCCAUCAUUUGUACAGUUUUUAGUGAGCAAAACGUUCCGUCAUCGAUUCGCCGCAUGCGACGAGCUAUCUCGAAGGGUUGCGUUUCGUUCUCCUUGGCUACGCGCGCUGAUACACCUGAUAAAUUUAGAAAGCUGUUGAACGUUAUGAUCGAACAACUUUCAUGGAAUUAACGAUUGACCUUAUGUGCUGGAGGAACCCGUUAUUGUCGUGAAAGCAGCUGGACAUUGCGAACGCAAAAAGAAGAACCGAAACGCAGGAAAAAACAGGAGAGUGGUAGAGGAACCGUGCAAAACUCGAAGAUUGAGUUUUGUUUCCGUGGCUGUCGAAUAUGAAACGUUUCAACCACGGUCACACGCGUCCCUACUUCUCUUGACUACAAGUCGUGGCUGAGCAAAGGGAGUGCGCCUCCGCUUCUUGAGAGAUGUCUUCGAUAUCAGCGCAGGGGGUCGUCGAAAGAGCCAGCGCCGAGUUGACCAAAAGAAUCAACGGUCUGGGGCUAAGAGCGUCUAAACAUCAUGGUGGGGGAAAGGCGAGCGUCAUGGAACGCGUUACGCACGUGUUCUGCGGGAGCGGCGGUGUUCCGUACACGAAUUUGCAGAGCGCGAAUAAUGCGAACGCAACCCCGGAAAAGCCAAGCAGGAGCGUGCCAACGUCGAUGAGCAACAUGCCUUCGGUGAACAACAAGAGCCUGAGCAACGUCGGUACACCGAGUAGAGCAAGGAUAUCGAGAAAUCGAGGGAAGAAUGUGCCGUUGGCGAGCGGUGGAACGGGCGGAUACGUCGCGCCCACCACGUGGGAUCAGCUGAUGCAAGACGAUCAUUUCCUCAGUAAAUUCUUCCUCUACUUCACCGCCAUCGAGAGGAGGAUUUUGGCUCAGGUGUGCUUAAGAUGGCGAGAUAUACUUUAUGCGCGACCUCGACUCUGGGCAGGCUUAGUGCCCGUGGUGAGGUGUCGUGAGGUGCGUGCCAUGCCUCCUAGUUCACGCACACGGCUCUACGCCUCCUUAGUUAGAAGAGGUUUUCAUUCGUUGGUUCUUCUCGGCGCAUCGGAUGAGGAUAUCCCGGAACUGACGCACGGAUUCCCAUUAGCGCAGAGAAAUAUUCAUUCGUUAUCGCUUAGAUGUUGCGCCGUUACUGACAGGGGGCUUGAAGCUCUUUUAGAUCAUUUACAGGCGUUGUUCGAGCUGGAAUUAGCUGGUUGCAACGAGAUAACGGAAGCCGGCCUGUGGACUUGCUUGACACCUAGAAUAGUAUCGCUCUCCUUGUCGGAUUGUAUUAAUGUGGCCGAUGAAGCUGUCGGUGCUGUCGCUCAAUUGCUGCCGAGUCUCUACGAGUUCUCGUUGCAGGCUUACCAUGUAACCGAUGCCGCUCUUGGAUAUUUCCACGCCACUCAAAGUAGCUCCCUUAGUAUCCUCAGGCUGCAAUCCUGCUGGGAACUCACUAAUCAUGGUGUAGUCAAUAUCGUACAUUCCUUACCCAAUCUGACUGUCCUGUCGCUGUCUGGAUGCAGUAAAGUAACAGAUGAUGGCGUUGAAUUGAUAGCAGAAAACUUAUCCAGGCUUCGUUCGUUGGAUCUGAGCUGGUGCUCAAGAAUCACCGAUGCGGCUCUAGAGUACAUUGCUUGUGAUCUGAAUCACUUAGAGGAGCUCACAUUGGAUAGAUGUGUGCAUAUCACAGAUAUAGGCGUGGGCUACAUUUCCACAAUGGGAUCAUUGAGCGCAUUGUUCUUGAGAUGGUGCAUACUACUUAGAGACUUUGGACUUCAGCACUUAUGCGGCAUGAAAUCCUUACAAGUACUCUCCGUGGCAGGGUGCCCAUUGCUCACAAGUAGCGGAUUAUCGAGCUUGAUUCAGCUUCGACAUUUACACGAGCUAGAGUUAACUAAUUGUCCAGGAACGUCUCAAGAGCUGUUUGAUUAUUUGCGUGAACACCUACCGCGCUGCCUAAUCAUCGAAUAAAUGACGCUUCGUUGGGAGCAGGGCAACAGCUCCAGCAAAUUCCUUUGCGUUCCACACAGAAGACGUUUUAAUUCCUAUAGAACGAGACGACAACAUAAAAAAAAUGUUUCACGUAAAGCAAUAUUUAGAACGAACAAGAGUACUGACUACGAGAGGAGGAGACGAUGCGGAUACAGAUAGGAAAGAAGUAAUUGACGUCCAUACACAAGCAGUACUGCAAAUUAUUGUUCUCUCUUGUAACGACAAAGGAUAUAAAAAAUGAAAAAAAAAGAUAUAUAAGAAGAAAAAAAGAAAAACACUAGCCCUAAAAACAUGCAAAAAUGUUAACACUAAGAUAACGCGUAGACAUUUUUAAUACACCAGAGCUCCUGUAUGAAUCGCACUCCUUUCUCGCCGAUGCUAGAACUUCUUAUCGGAUCGUAUAUGCGGUUCGAUACGUUUUGUUCUUUCCUUUUUCCUUUUUUGCAUUUUUCGUCGAAACGCGUUUGAAAAAAAAAUAUGUAAAAAAAAAGAAAUGCAAGAAAAAAAAAGAAAAUGCAGAAAAGUAUGCACCUCUCGAUAAAUCGAUAUCUUAUAUGGAGUUUCAUACGUCGCCGCUUGAUAAUAGAGAAAACAGAAAACAGGAAGCAAACGAAGAGACAGUUCAAUUAUAGUAGGUUCUCGUUAAAACGAAGAAAAGAAAUGAAAAAAAGAUAUAUAAAAAGACGUAGACAUUGUACGACGAGAUGACACGACAGACUCAACAACAGUUAGAACUGUGAUAAAUUUUUAUUAUACGUAUGUUGUUCUACUUUGACUAUAUACAUAUGUUUAGGGCGUUGUUUAAACCUGCUUCAAUGUUUUAAGGAUGCGCGUAAUUAUCAACGCGUUAGAUGCGUUGCUUUUUUUGAGAGAAAAAAAGGUAUAAUAAACAAGUUACGAUCGUAAUAAAGUGAUUAAAACAAAAAGAUAAAAGAAACGAAAAAAGAGUACAGAAAAACAUUCCGGUUACGUGUUAACGAGAACUUUUAUUUUACGAGACAUCACGAUCCUGCAAGUUUUUCAUUUGUUCGACGAUGUGUUGCUAAAUAAACGAAUGAAAAAAAAACAGAAAAAAACGUUAAAGAUCAUUGCACAUGUAUGUACUAUUUAGAAGAAGAAAAAAAGGUUUUUAACUUAUAUUUUACCUAUGUAUAUUCUGCUGUCAUGUAAUUAAUGUUUCCUAUAUUUAAGGCUUACAUCUAGCUAAGUUCCCAAUGUUUUUUCAUUAAAUGUAAUGAUAUAUCGCAAUAUAGAAAAAAAAACGUAUUUUACGUGUUUAAUACUGUUAACUAUAUUUCGACGGUUAUUUAAAACAAAUCGGUGUCAGAUACACACUAAUGAUCCAAGUCAACGUGUAAGGUAUUGAAAGAGAAUUUUACGCCGCCGUUGCACAAUAAAUGCAACGUUUUUAUGUUCAGACUCGUACUACCGAAUAACUUCUGCGUAACAUUUUAGCAUUAACUCAAUUUCUGACAGAACUGAAAUUAUUUUUUGUGUGUUAUCACAUGUUUAGCACAUAACGUCUUUGUAUAUAUUGUACAAAUAUGCGGUUAAUAAUUCUGUUACCAAUCAAAACUAAAUAUAUAAAAUAUAUCCGCACAGUCGAAAUUCUAUCGGAGGUCGGGUCGCAUGCGACGCAAGUCAUGGAUGUAACUUAUAAGAGUGAUAUAUGGUAACAUGAUGGAAUGUGCUGUGAAAUAAAAAUUUAUUGAUCUAAA